GAGGGCGUCGUUUUCCCGCUAAAUAUUCCAGCUUGUCUUUGAUACUGAUCGUCUCCACCUGUUCCUAACGUUGGUCUGCACGAUGUCUGGUGGUUUGGUUUUUAGGAAAGUUGCUGGACUUAAGGUUCUUCCCCAGGCCUCACAGCUCCGGUGUCUUAGCUGCCACCAGCUGCACGUCAGCAGACAUCCCAGUUCCUUAAAGAACCUCCACGAGAAAACAAUGUUUCUCCCGAGGAUGCCGACACGUUUGUUAUCGCAGGAAGUUUCCUGUUACCUGCCCAGGAGACAGGCGUCCACAAACUUUCACUGCUGUAACAAGAGACAUGAACAGGCGUCCACAAACUUUCACUGCUGUAACAUGAGACAUGAACAGUCCUCCACAGCUCUCACAAACUUUCACUGCUGUAACAAGAGACAUGAACAGUCCUCCACAGCUCUCACAAACUUUCACUGCUGUAACAUGAGACAUGAACAGGCCUCCACAGGAUUCAUCAACUUUAGCUUUUGUAACAUGAGACCUCAGCAGUUCUCAAGAUCAUCCAGGAUUUUCUCAAGUGAUAGAACAGUCCUCCUAAGAACCCUCCCCUCCACGAUGUCCGAGGACACGUCCCGUCUUGUCUGUAGGAGACACGUGUCGACAGAAGCGUCCGCUCCGACCCCCCCGUCAGGUUGGUACGUGGACAUGUUCGGGCCGGAGUCGCCGCCCGUACGGCUCGCCAUGACCCUGCUGGAACAUGUGCACCUCCACACCGGCCUGCCGUGGUGGGCAACCAUUGUCAUGACAACGGUCGCGCUGCGGCUGGGCCUGACGUUCCCGUUGGCGGUGUACCAGGCUCACGUGAUCGCCCGUGUGGAGGGCCUGCAGCCCGAACUGGCACGCUUCGCCGCCGCGUUACGCCGGCAGGUCUCCGUCGCCGGACACCAGCGGGGCUGGUCCGAGAAACAGAUGAGGUCAAAGUUCAAUGUCAAGGUCAGUAGCAGUUCAGAAGAGAAGGUCACAUGAUAAAGUGGACAUAGUCAAGAGCUGCUCCAGUAUUUAAUUAAAUUUAAUAAAAGUUUUUUUUUAUUCCCACUCAUUGUUUGGGAGCCUGUGUCUUCACUUUUUCCUUGUUAAAUCUUUCAUUCCAAUCAGAGAAAUGCACAUUUUUUCCAUCUUCAUGUUGUGAAGUUGAGGUUUGUGGUAGGACACGGUGAAACUGUGGCCUGCCCCACAAGCACAUUUCCCUCCCGGGACUCCUCCUGCAGAUAGACCGGAUUUACUACCAUCUAAUUCCCAUUCUUCAUUUAACAGUU